UCAGGAGGAAAAAAAAUCACUUUUUAAAGAGCACUUGGAACCAGACCAAGGGUCAUGUGAAAUUAGUCUAAGAGCUGUAUAUUAUCUCCUGUUCUAGAUCAUCUUCCUGAAGAUACUUUUCAGUGGUGCUCUUGCAGCUCCAAGUUCAUAAAUACGGAAAAAUGGGUAGAAAGGAUGCUGCUUCUGCAAAAAUACCUAUGGAUCAGUACAGAAAACAAAUAGGAAAACAAGAUUAUAAGAAAACAAAACCAAUGUUAAAAGCAGCACGACUGAAAGCAGAGGCCAAAAAAACUGCACCAGGCAUAAAGGAAGUCAGCCUUAUCCUUGUGGCUAUAUUGGUAUUAUUAUUGGCAUGUUAUGCUUUCUUUUAUCUUAACCUUUCUGAAGAAGACGACCUAGGCCUGGAAAAAGAUGGAAAUUAGCCAAACUGUUUUCGAAGAUUUCUUCUAGAAAAGCAUGACUCUUGUCGGCUUCAGCCAUGAACAGCUGCUCGUCAUGAAAGUGGACAAAAUGGGAAUCAGUUCCUGCAACUCUGAAAUUAAUAAUACACUUGAGAAUAUCUCUGCCAGACGUAUGGAUAUUAAUGAGGUUCUUCUCCUUUUCAAACUGUGGCUUAUUGGCUAAAGUUGACCUUUUCCCUCAUUUCUUUUUUAAACUGGAAAUAUUUCAUUUCAGAAAACAAUUUUCUAUAUUCAUUAGUGUUAUUGUGUGGGUGAAAAGAAUUAGAUUUCCUUAGAGCUUGGCAAACAAAUACAAAUUACAGAUAUGGCUCAAACAGAAAUCAAUAUAAUUUCAUAUCUGUACACAUAUUUCUAUUACUUCCAGGUUGUACUAAUUGUGUGAGUGAUUCGGCACAUUUUUAAUUCUUAUCUCCAACACAAAAAUAAUUUAAGUGUGCUGAAUGUGUAUGUGAGUCAUGCAUGAUAAAUCUGGGAUUAAAAAUCGUAUACAGCUGGUCCUUGACUUACGAUUGUAAUUGAGCACAGAAUUAGAGUCGUAAGUCAUGCCACUUUUUAAGUGGGUCACCUUGUGACUGCACCCGAUUUUAUGACUUUUUUUGUAGUGACUUUUUAAAGUGAAUACUGCCAUUGUUAAGCAAACCCAUUGUACCCAAUGCGCAUUUUAAUGCAGGUUUAAAUGCUGGUUUCAAGCAAAAAGCAUAAAUCGCCAUGUGAUUGGUGAUGUAACUGUAGGAUGCUGCAAAUGCAGAACAGUUGCCCAGCACCAAAAUGUGAGAUCAUCUGACCGUCAUCUGACUGCAAAACUGGGUCAUAAGAAAUGUUGGGGAAGUUCAUCAUAGCAAUAGCACUUAGACUUAUACAGUAUACCACUUCACAGUCCUUUACAGCCCUCUAUAAGUGGUUUACA